UUUAGUCUGGAGAACUAAGAAAUCGCUUCGGAAAAACACUUGCCACUGUCAAUAUGGAGGAGGAGGACUCCAGAAAUCCCAGCCGUUCCUCGUUUGAGUUUCGUCAGUCUUCUUCAUGCAACUUCGAGGAGUCCUCCACUCUCACCCUAUCGGAGGAGCAGCGAGAGAGACAGCCGUCCACAUUGCACUUCAUAACCCACCGACAUAAGGCAGGGGGUCCGCUGCAACCGUCGAUCCAUCAUCUAAGGCCACAGCCAUUGGGACGCAGGCGUCCUGCCAGCCGGAGAGGCGGCAGGGAGCUGCCAACACUCUCUCGUUCCUCUCACUGCCCACUCUCAACACCCACGGGCGUCCAGAAGAACAUCUCUGAAGCCGUGCUGAUGGGUACCGACCCUCACGUGCCUGGGAAUGGGGACGAUCGAGCUGGGGUGAGAGAUGUGCAGGACUGCUCCUCUGAAGUCACGACGGUGCCCAUGGGCAUCCAGCCACCGGCCAUUCCGCGCCUCUUCCUCUUCCUUUACCACUCCCCUUCCUUGCCCCAGAUCCACUCCGGGGACUACUCCAGAAAUCCGGAACCCUAUUCGCUCACCUCCCGGGGCGAGGGCUUCCAGCCAGCCUUUGGCUACCCAGUCAGGGCAGACGCGGUGAGCCGGGUCGAUCCCCAGAGCUCCCAGCUCUUCCUCAGAGCCCAGGUCAAUGAGGCCAUCCCGGCCAGUGACCCGUGCAGCGAGACUGCUUUCUCUGCCAAACUCAAAGUAGUCCUCUGCAAUCAUGCCCUGUGGUUCACGUUUCACAGGCACCAGAAUGAAAUGAUCCUUACCAAGCAAGGCCGUUUGAUGUUCCCAUUUCUGGCUUACCAAAUCCAGGGGAUGAACCCUAUUGCUCAUUAUCGUGUGUUUGUAGAAAUGGUUCUAAUUGAUCAGCAUCUCUGGCCUUAUCAGAAGGGCAAAUGGAUUCAACAUAAAAUGGAAAAGAACAUUGUUCCAGGGAACCAGCUAUAUAUCCACCCAGAUUCACCCAACAUAGGGUCCCACUGGAUGGGGCAAGAGAUAUCAUUUAGAAAACUCAAUCUGACUAACAAAAAGGAAACUUCCAAUAAUGAGAACCAGAUAAUCCAUUUGAAGUCCUGCCACAAAUACCAGCCAAAGCUUCACAUUGAAGAGGUGAGAGAUGGACAGCAUGAGACCCUGGGUCCGCACCCCUCCCAUAUCUUCAUUUUCAUCGCUGUGACUACAUAUCAGAAUCAGGAGAUCAUAAAAUUAAAAAUUGACCACAAUCAAUUUUCCAGCAGUUUUAGAAAAGACUGCUUUUAGAGGAAAACCAAAAUAAGUGAUCUCAAUGCAGUCUCUUCACAUACCAGCAGAGGCUUCACAUUGAAUAAGUGAGAAAUGGAG